AUGAAGUUUAUUGUUUCACCCCCAAACCUGAAGAAAGAUCGAGUUCAGCAUCAACGGCUUGCCAAAGUUCUUGUUGGCACUACAGGCCAAGUUGAAAAAAACACUCAGGGUCUAGAACAGCAGUUGCAGGGUGAUUAUUCAGAUCCCAAUUUCUCCAUUCCAGCAGCAGGCCCAAACUCAUAUGUACUUCAAAUUCUACUGAUUGAUGAGGUAGCAUCUCUACCUGGUGUUCAGCGUCACGCUCAUUCAAACUUGCCCAGUGUUACACUUCAACCUCUGGAUUUGGAACUUACCAUCACUACAGAACCCACCAGGGAACAUCCUGAGGAGACACAAUCUUCUCCAACCCAACAAGAGACCCCAGCUAAGCCUCCAGAGCCUCCUGGAGAGGUUGAGCCUUCAAGGGAGCAGGAACAAGCAGCUCAGCCUUCUGAGCCUACAGAGCCUCCUGAGGAGGUGAAACCAGCAACCCUGUGGGAGACCCCAGCUCAGCUUUCAGAGUCUUUUGGAGAAGCUGAAACUUCUGCAACCCAGGAGGAGCCCUCAGCUCAGUUUCCAGAGCCUCCUAAUGAGGCAGAAUCUUCUCCAACCCAGCAGGAGACCCCAGCUCUGUCUCCAGCGGAGAUAGAACCUUCUGCAACCCUGUAGGAGUAACCAGCUCAGCCUCCAGAGCCUUCUUCAAGGGAGGUGGAACCUUCUCCAACUCAACAAGAACAGCCAGCUCAACCUCCAGAGUAUCAUGAAAUGACAGUUUCACCUCCAAGUCACCAUCAUGCUCAGCAUUCAAACUUAUCCAGUGUCACUGUCAAACCUGCAGAUGUGGAGCUUACCAUAACAAAAGAACCCGCUCCGGAGGUGGGACCUUCUCCAAAUCAGCACAAGCCUUCAGCUCAGCCCUCAGUGCCCCUUACUAAUGCAGAAUUUUCUACAACCCAGCAUGAGGCCCCCACACUGCCUUCACAGCCACCUGCGGAGAUUGAACCUUUGCCAGUUGAACCGGAGGCUCCAACCCAAUCUCCAGAAGCCGGUACACAUAAUAAACCUUCAGUACAAGAGGAGACCCCAGCUCAGUCUCCAGAGCAUCCUGGAGAAGAAGUUAUACCUGCCACAAGCAAGCAGGAGACUCAAGAUCAGCAUCCACAGGCUCCAGAGGUUGUACCUUCUCCACCUCAGCAGGAAGCCACAGCUCAGCAUCCAGAGUCUCCUGGUCAGGUUGAAUCCUCUCCAACUCAUAGUCUUCAGAGCUCUCUAAAGUGACUGUAGUUUUCUCUCCAGAGCAUCAUGUGACAACAGUUUCUCCUCUAGGUCAGGAUCAAGCUCAGCUUCUGCAGCGGCCCGAUGUCACUGUUAAACCUGUGGAUCUUGCACUUAUCGUAACUCCAGCAUUCACUAAUGAGGUUGAAGCUUCUCCACCCCAACAAGAAACCUCGGCUCAGUCUGCAGGGUCCCCUGAGCAGUUGGAACCUUUCUCAGUCCAGCAAGCAGUUUCAGAUCAGCAUCCAACCCCCUCUGAAAAUGUUGAACUUUUCACGUUAAGAAGGGAGCCCCAACUCAACCAACAUACCCUGAGGUGACAUUUCCAAAUCCAGAGCAAGUUCAGGCUCAGCAUCC